AUCGAUUAGCUCAAUCGUAAACAAAAUUGGUGAAGUAUUUUUUCAAACAAGAAGAGCAUCAAAUUUGGAGGUCAAAAAUAAUUCGAUCUAUACGUCACAGUACUUUUAAUCAUAUAUAAUCAUCCGUAAGUAUUGCUGGACAAAACGACGGUAAAAGUAGACGCAAAGCUCGGAGCUCAAUAUGGGCUGAGUAACGAAGGUUCUGUUCAGCGAAAUUCGACUGAGCUAGUCUUCCAGCUCGCAGAUAAAGUGAAUUUACAAAUUGUUCCAUACCAUAGCAUAAACAAAUAAUUCGCGUCCAUAUUGUCGAUACGCACAAGCCCAAUUUAAGGAAGCAAACUAAUGUGAUUUUAGUCGAUAAAUAUUGUUUUCGUUAAUACUCCUGGCAUUAAACUUGAGCGCCAUGCAACAGAGUGGACCGGUCGGUGAGGAACGAAACAGUAGUAGUCCAAGGUCUGCAUCAAAAUCGAGCAGUACCUUAUUUGGACUGCUGAGCAAGCGUCCUAGCAAGGUCGAGCCACAGCCCGUCACUGCGGAAUCACCCAUUGCUCAACGGCGGCCGGCUUCGUCGUGCGGCCAGCAAGAUGUCAACUUUGCCAAAUGUUCAACUGAGCAGGGUGCCAGUAAAAAGAGCCAAACGCUGCCCAACAAUGCUCUCGGGCAAUCAAAUCAGGUGCUUGAAAAGUCUCACAGUGGACUUAUAAGUUUUCAUAGACGUGGUAAACCUAUGUCCAAGAGCAAAACUCAUGCGCAUCGCUAUAGCAGUGAUGCCGGAUCCCAAAGCGAUGGAGGAGCGGAUAUAAAUGUGAUACUACGUCGCAAGCCAAAACAGCGCUCACCGAACCACAACAGAUUUAGUCACCAGUUUAGCCUUUGUUGCAAGGCCGAAAAGAAGCCAAUGACGCCGCCAGUCUCAGUGCGCUACAAUUCUGUUCCCGAUGCUGUAGUGAAUGCGGGUAAUGUUCUGCGACGAGAUAAUCUAUCGCUUAGCUGGAGCAUGAUGGAUAAUUCGGGCUCACUUCACUCCAGCGAAGGCGCCACUUCAUUUCAGAUGACACCCAGGCCCAGCCAACGACCACGACCAUCAAGUGAGUGCGCAAGUGCCCCGGAAUCUCCCGUUGCUGCCAAAGCAUUUUUCGAACAGUGUGCUGCAACUGGAUCCGCUUCAUCAACUCAGCACUCGUAUUGCUCGCCGUCGAACUUAUCUGCACGCAGUGAUGCAAUUCAUCGGACACCGAUCCGUCCCAUUGCUGUAUCCGCCUGCAAAUCUCGCUUGCGUCUCAAGCUGUAUCCACCCGGCCAGGAGCUUCCUCCUUUGAAUGCCAACGAAAGUGCGGACACGUUAAAGAGGGCUACAACGCCCCAGCACAUGUCGUCUCCCAAUAUUGCCACACAACCGGAUAUACUAGAUACAGCCAUGAAAGAUCCCAACGGUGUUCGCUUCAUGUCGCACGAGAACAUGACGUUGCAUCGUCAAGGGUCCGGUUCUAACCUGGCGCGUCAGGCACUAAUGGCGGCCCAGGCACUGAAUCUUAUACCGGCGGAUAAAGUUCGUGAGCGCAGCUACUUGGAUGGAAGACUAGGCUCGUCUUCACUGCUUGGGCCAAGCGAGCUAAGUCGAGUAUUACCUCAAAAGGAAGUUACAAUUUUCGUUGGCACCUGGAAUAUGAACGGGCACAGUCCGCCCAAGCAAAUGAACGAUUUUGUAUUGCCGUCCAAUGUAGAGCACGUGCCCGAUAUAGUUGUUGUUGGCACUCAGGAGUCAAGCCCCGAUCGGUUCGAGUGGGAGGUGACACUGCAGGAGACACUGGGACCCUCGCAUGUGCUCUUUCACUCAACGACUCUUGGCACGCUUCAUCUGGCCAUCUAUAUGCGGCGCGAUCUUAUUUGGUACUGCUCAGCACCGGAAGAUGCUUCGAUGUCCGUGCGCACGGGCACAGCUUUUCGCACAAAAGGCGCCGUUGCCAUUUCUUUUUGCCUUUUUGGAACCUCCAUGCUGUUUGUAACAUCGCACUUGACGGCGCACCAGCAGAAAGUUAAGGAGCGCGUUUCAGAUGUGAAACGCAUCAUAAAUGCCCUGGACUUGCCGAAAAACCUUCCAAACUUGCGCCAUAAAAACAAGGACGUCACACAGAACUUUGACAAUGUGUUCUGGUGUGGCGACCUCAACUUUCGCCUCAGCGAGCCACGUGAAAAAUUGCUCGAGUGGAUACAAAAUACCAAGUUCCCACUACCAUCGCAUUUGCCUCAUGGAUACAUGCACACUGAUCAGCUGAGCUCUGUGUUGGCAGACGGUGCCGCAUUUCGUGGCUUUAUGGAGGCAAACAUAACAUUUCCACCGACAUAUAAGUACGAUCCGGGCAGUCAGAACUUUGAUACCUCUUCUAAGCAGCGUGCUCCGGCGUACACCGACCGCAUCCUCUUCAAAUAUCGCCAGGUACAAGGGCUGGUCAUACGGCGUCAGAGCACAGUGCCGGGCGUGUCAACCCCAACGCAGCCUUAUGUGCAGUGUUUGCUCUAUGACUCGGUGCCAUCCAUUACCACCUCCGACCACAAGCCCGUCUGGGCCUUGUUUCGAUCGUUCAUUCGCGCCGGCACUGAUGCUAUACCUUUGGCUGCUGGCUUGUUUAGCCGCGACAUCUAUUUGGAGGGUAUGCGCCGACGCCUAAAUAAUCAAUAUACUGGCGCAUCCGCUGUCUGUUCCAUACAGUAAUCUAUAUCAUGGAUGCCUCCCUUAAAUGAGUUUUAAUGUGCCUAACCAAAGAACUCUUAUGUUUACUCGAGUCUAGCUGCUCUCCCAUAAAUGUGGACAGCUUCUAAAGAACUAGUCAUAAAUAAUACUUGAAAACCAAAGCGUAUUUUAAGCUGCCGUCUGACGAUCGUCUUAUUCUGAGAAGCCAUGGCAUUUGCUAAACUCGCGCUAUUAAAAAGCAUGCAAAAAAAGUGUAUCGUGGAAACUAAAACGCGAUGCGAAUCGAAUGAGGAGUAAAAAAUAGCUUCACUUUCAAAGCGAUCGUCUGACGACAACUUUAGGCUCGAUAGUAUCUCAAUGAUUUAACACGGUUGUGUGUGGCCUUUGUUAAUUUACUUAGUUACUAAGAUUACUAGUCGAAUACCAAGCGCACACGUACAUACAUAAUUGAUACUAUUAUGUAUGACCUGUUUUAAUAUAUAAAUAGUUAUUAGGCUUUGCCUUUCGCCUUCUGUGAAAUGUUCCUUACGAAAUCGUUGCGCAGCAAACUGUAAAUGAUGUUAACAUAAAGCACAAGCUUAUUUUUUAGAUAAAUUAAAUAUCUGGUUAGUAGUUAAUUAGUGCAAAUAUAUAAGAAAGUGAUUAGAUUAUAAAAAAUGUGUGCUUUUUAGUCAAUAUACCAAAACCUCAAGCAUCCAUUCUGAAGUUACAUACAUACCUAUAUU